AUGGAAACAGUGGGUAACAUACUAAUACCCCAGGGUGGUACCGGCAAUGCCGGAGAAUCCACCCCUAGGCCUAGCCUAGGCAGCCCCAUCGUAUCUGGGGGGGGCAACACACUGUUUUGCGGCGAUACAUCUACAUCGUCCGCGGGUCGCCUAACAUCCAGGGACCAACUUAGUAAGGAGGAAGCCGUGCUUGGAGAUCCUAUUAACUCGGCACGAUACUCAAGGGGAAGACGUGGAAGACGGGGGCGAUUAGCUCAAUCUGGAGAAUUAAAAGAAGCUGAGUCUGAUGGUUCACAGCUGUCACUCGCAUCGGUUGCUUCGGAGGAUACGCGAAAAAGAAAGGCAAAGGCUCCGAGUAUUAAAUCGGUGGCCGCUAAAUACAAGGCAGUAGCAGCCUCUGCCUCGGCAACUCCUACUGAAGUGGAGGAUAUGGCCACUGAGAUUGAUACGGAAGAGGACUUUGCCGACCUCUCAGUGGUAUCAUCCAAGUCCAGGGCCAAAUCAACUUUGCCUAGUACAGAGGAGUUUGCGUUAGAACUGCGAUCUCAGGCAGGCAGAAAAGUUGAAGAACACAUAGACCGUCAACUUCAAGCCAUUGAGGAGGUAGCAAACCGAUCCCGCAAUUUAAAGGGAAGCUACGUUCAGAGCCUAAGGUUAGCCGUGCGGAAUGUAAAAGCCGCGGCUAAUGAGCUGGCCCGGAGGUCCGCCGCUGACGAAAAUAUCGCCAGACUAGAGAGAGAAAAUGCUGAACUUCGUUCAGCGCUUUCUAGCCUUAGCAACAGGGCGGAUAAAAUGACGGAGGAAAUUAAUUACCUUCGUAAACAAACACAUGAAAGAGUCAGUGUCUCUAAGUCAUCUGCUCAAUCAACCGCAGAUGCUCCAAUGCCCAGUAGCGGAGAGGAGGCACUAAUGGAACGCAUUGGAGCGUUUAUUGAGAGUAAAUUGGCGGCUCUCGAAUCUCGGUUGUUAUCGAAUAAGGCGCUACGCCCACCACUGGGAGUGAAGUCCAUGACGGUUGUCACUGAGCAAUUAACAACGCCGAUGCAGUCGCUUUCAGCCGAUGCACGAUCGCAAAAGAAGAAAAAUAAAAAGAAGGCGAGGAAACGGCAGAAGCCGACAUAUCCACCUGUGGCAGAUCUACCUGCUGUAGCGAAGCCUGUGCUGCAAACUUCUGCGUCUACAGUAACAGGGUCUUGGGCGGACGUGGCUAAAAGACCAAAAGUACACCAGACGACACAAAAGUCGCCGAUGAACUAUGUGUCCAACGAACAAUCCACGAAGAUGAAAAGGAAACCUGUCCGUGCCCCAACUUCUGCGGCUGUAACAAUUACUUUACGAGAGGGUUCCACCGCUACCUACGGCAGCAUAAUGAAGGACGCCAAAGCGAAAAUUCAGCUAGAGGAACUCGGAAUCGAG